AUGCCUCGAACCGCCCGGGUCUCGAUCCGGCCAUUCCUCGUGGGCCCUGUCUCGAGCCCUGACAGGGAGCAUCGCAUGAAAAUAGUCAAAUCCAUCAAAAUCCAUCCGCAGAUUCAUUCGCUUCUCGAAAAGCCCUCAUGGUCCGUCUCCUCCCUGUUACCCCCACGAGAGUCAACCACGACGACAGAGCCAGCCGUGACCCGGGAGCAACUGAACCACCUGCUCCAUCUGUCUGGUCUCCCGCCACCAAAGGAUCAACGGGAGGAAGUCAACAUGCUCUCUACUCUGUCGCAGCAAAUCCACUUCGUCAAGGAAAUCCAAAAGGUCGAUACCACGGGGAUCAAGCCACUGGUAGCUAUUCGCGACGAAACCAACGAAGCCAUCGCCGAGCAAACCAUCACCCGAGCCAAAUUAGAUCAGUUCUUCGCAGCAGAGCUGAAACGGGGUAAAAACGGUACCAUUCGAAGAGCCAAGGACAACUAUAUGGUCAUUAGCUCUACAGACCAGUUGGAUCCGCGUGAGGAAAAUUCAAUCAAUGAUCGUCUUGAGGAUCCGUUCCACCUGGGAGAAAAUGAAGAAUCUAGGAGGAUGGGGAGGUAUUUCUUUAUCAAGAGGGAGAAAAGAAAAGAAAUUGACGAACAAGAGGAAGUUGACACUGAAAGAUGA